AUGAUGUUCGCCGUAGUUAUAUUCCUGCUGCUACAUUCCUCUUCUUUGACCCGAGAAACGUCUUCCGAAGAGAGCAGCACCCCCCGUUCGAUGGCCGACGACUCUCUCUCGACGACGCCGGCCUUCACUCUCAGUCCGCUUCUGCCAAACGUCGUCAGUUCUUUCGGAUCUGCAGGACAGCUCGGCGUUUUCGGAGCGCCUCCGAAUCUUCUAGCACCGGCUCCAUUCAGUCCGUUCACCAUGGGCGGCUCUCUGAAACCUUUGGUUCCCGUGACAGAAGCUCCUUUUGCUAGGUAUGUAUACUAAGAGCUCAUUUUUGAUGACACCUGUAAACUUUUCGAAAAUUUAUCGACCUUUUGCUUGUUACAGAACUUUAAAACCUUUGAAAUUACAUCGAGUCGUAUUUAUCCAAUUAAACUUUCAAAUCAAUAACACGGGGGCUUCAUCUUUGCAAUGGAAUAGAACGAUGCCUCCAGCCUACACAUUUCCGACGUUUCCUACAAUCUCAUUUCCAACGCUGCCGCCUCCGGUCAACGCGACAAUGAAGCCAAUAAAUAUCACCAUCGAUCCUGAAGCUCUCAUGGACGUUGUGAGUUCUACAGUUGAUGAAAAUAGUUUUGUCAAAAAAAUCGGAGAACAUUUUCAGCCAGAAAUAAUCUCUCAUUGGGGCUAUCCAGUUGAAACACAUAAAGUGGCUACUUCGGAUGGAUAUAUUCUCACGGUUCACAGAAUCCCGCACGGCAAAAGUUUGCGCCCCACUUUUUACGGGUUGAACUUGACUUUUGUUUUCAGAGAACAGAGGUACCAAGAGAGAACAGCGACCAGUGAUCUUCCUUCAGCACGGCCUGCUCUGCACCAGCUCUAUUUGGCUGCUCAACCUGCCUCACCAGUCUGCAGGUCUGGUUAUUCUCGAUUCACAAUAUUUUUUGAUACAUUUCUCAACGGUUUCAGGGUUUAUCUUCGCCGACGAAGGUUACGACGUGUGGCUUGGCAACAUGCGAGGAAACACCUACUCCAAGCAGCACAGUCGACUCCGAGCAAACGACCCGGCUUUUUGGAAGUUUAGGUAUGACAACUCAUAAAGCAAGAAAACGCUUUCAGAAAAUAACUAUCACACAUUUGAAACUAACUUACUUUCCAACUUCAUUUCAACCAUCAAAUCUUUUUUUUUUGAACCAAGUGAAUUCUUUAGGGUUAACAUUGUUCUUUCAAUAAACUUACUUCAUUCGAUAUCCUCUAUUGACAAACCUGAAUACAUAUUUAGCUCUAAAAUACAAAAAGAUGAAUUUUUUUGAUUUGUAAUUGUUUGCAUAGUUCGGUAAUAUCUCUGAGAAAUAUAUGAACCAAACGAUUAUCUUCUCGAAAAAGGAUGAACUUCUAUUGAAACUUUUUUUAAACUCGAUAUAAAAAGUCUUUCUCAUUUUCCUGAUGAGAACAGGCCUUUUGAUUUUGGACGAAAACGUUAAUUACAUGAUUAGAAUUUUAAAUAACGAAGUGCUCGCUUUUAGUUGGGAAGACAUGGCUCGAAGUGAUUUACCAGCAAUGGUAAACUAUGUUCUGCGAGUUACCAAGCAGCCACAUUUGUAUUAUGUGGGUCACAGUCAAGGUAAAUACUCUGGCAUAUUCGAAAAUUAUUAGCCGAUUCAAGGAGCUCUCACGAUGUUUUCGAAGAUGAGUGAGGAUCAGGAAUUCAGCAACAAAGUGAGCUCGAAUCAGUUUUCAUAAUUUUUCGAACAUUUUCCAGAUAAGGAAGUUUUUUGCUAUGGCACCCGUCACACGAAUGUCCAACGUGAAAGGUCUUUUCUACGAUUUGGGCCAAAUUUACGAACAGUACAACGUCUGCCCAAAUCUUCGUCUUGUUGAGGAUAAAAAACGUUCAGAUGGUCUAUCAAAUCUUCGGAGAUGGAGAAUUUCUCUCAAAUAACAUCUUCACAAAGCUUUUCACGGAUAUCCUUUGUGACCAAGCAGUCAACAAUCCUCUCUGUGAAAACUUCAUCUUCGCCGUCAGCGGACCCAACAGCAAUCAGUUCAACGCGGUUUGUCGUUCAGUUCUAAAAAGAAACGGGCGGCUCAGUCGCGCAUCGGAAUUUACUUGGCUCACAACCCUGCCGGCACGUCUUCCAGGAACAUGCUGCACUUCGCUCAGAUGGUCAAAACACAGCGAAUGGCUCGCUUUAAUUUCGGCAAGCAGUUCAACCUCCGCUACUACCACACUGUGAGUUCUAAGGAAGAGAUGGUAGAGAAAUUCCAAGUGUUAACUCAAGGGCUCAUCUCAACUACUCUGAAAAAAUUAUCCUAGACCGACUUUAUUAAAAUUUCAAAAAACGAGUUCCAAUGACGAUAAGAAUAUCUGGAGAGACCCUAGAUUUUCGACAUUAUCUCAGAUUUUUUUAUUAUCCGUUGUAACGUCGUAUGCAAUAAAUAAUAUAUUAUUAUUAUUAUAUUAUUAUUAUCUCUGAGGUGUCCAAUGGAGAUCUUUCAGAAUAUUUUGAUCACCAUUUUCGAAGCUCUCGAAUUUUCUAUUAAAAAGCCGUGCAUUGUAUUUUGAAUAUCGACUAACAAAGCCUGUAGAUAAUACUUCUUUCAAAACAAUUUUUGUAUAGUCCGUAUUUCGCUACUUGAAAGGGAGGGAUUUCUCUGCGCCCUCCUUAUCUCUCGUCGUCUCUCUCAUGUUUACGUGCUAUUUCAAUGUUUUCCUGACCUCGCCGGUGAGGGAACAGAGAGACGCAGGCACACGACGGACCGACUAUAAUUGUAGAUCUAUCACAAAAAAAAAAUCCUUUUCAAAACUAAUAACAAAAUAUUUUAUCUAUCGAACUCGUUCCUAAGUACCAUGUCAAAAAAUUUCCAGUCACUUCUAAAUAAUGAGAUUGGCAGGAAGAGCCCCCUGAAUACGACCUUUCGCGGAUCAACUCCUCUGUUUAUCUCUUUUACUCGGACUCGGACUGGCUGGCCAACUCGCUUGACGUUGAAGGUUACCUGAUGCAGAAACUCCCGAAGAACACCCUCCGAAAGGCGAAGUUUGCUAUUUGCAAUUUAUCCAGAAAAAUUCUUUCGUAGAAAGCUGAAAGACUUCAACCACAACGAUUUCCUGUGGGGAAUGCGAGCACGUAGCGAAAUCUAUGAGAAAAUUCUUGAUGAGAUAUUCAUCGACGUCCGGAGGCUCAACGUACAAGAAGGACUCACAAAAUUUUUACGCAGUCAGUUCUUUUUUCAUUGUAGAUUAGUGAGAAAUUGGACAAAAACACAUCCACUUUGGAAUACUCGGAAUUGUUUUCGGUUUAUAUGUUAAAAAAAGAAGUUCUAGGCAGACCAUCCUCGCUUCCAUCCAACUUCAGCGAUGAGAUCCGCAGGAAAUUCAUUACAGCAAAGGACGUCGCAGACUUCAACGUUACAGAACCGUUCAAUUUGAAACUGGACUAG